AUGCCCUCAUCGUCCAAGGUUCCACAUGAUAGAUUUCACGGUUCCUACUUUGGCUCAAAAACCGGGCUGGACAAUGCUGUAAUAACGUUCAAUGUCACUGCUAGGAAUUCGAACCAGCAUAAUGGAAUCUAUUACAAUUCCAUGAAAGGUUCGGUGUCGGUGCAGCUACGCUUGCUGUCAACAGCCGAUGAUAGGCAACAUGGAACUGUGGUUUUUCGAUUACGUAUAAUGUCGGUGAUUAGAUUUAAGAUUUCGACAUGGAAGAGUGUGCACCAUGAAAUGCAUGUAAAUUGUGAUGUUGCUGUUGGUUCAGAUGGGUUGAUAUUGCUGGCUUGGAAGAACAGGAAAUGUUCUGUCUAUUUCAGUUGA